AUGCAGUGGGCAUCGCUUGCUGUUGUGCUUCUACCGCUCGCCGUUCUCGCAUUCCCGUAUGAUUAUUUCGAGGAUGAUCAGCAGCAACGAUUCGCCGAGCUGGAAGAUGGGCGGCUCAAUGAGCCCGCUAACGCGCUAGAUGAUAAGAUCGAAAUUUUGGCGACUGACAAGCCAUUGGGACAAGUGAGCGGACUCGCCGUCAAUCCGAAAGGCGAUCUCGUCGCGUUCCAUCGCGCGAAUCGAGUUUGGGACGAGAAGACGUUCAACGAUGAUGAGACACUGGCGAAAGGUCUCGCCGCGAUCAAGAACAACACGAUUGCGGUGAUGAGUCAAGAGGGAAAGGUGCUCGAUGAGUUCGGCGCCGAUUUGUUCUACAUGCCGCAUGGAUUGACGAUUGAUUCGAAGGGAAACCUUUGGGUUACCGACGUCGGUAGUCAUCAGGUGCACAAAAUCGAUGGAGCGACGAAGAAGAUCGUGAUGAGUCUCGGCGAGAAGAUGGUGCCGGGAAACGACGCGAAGCACUUCUGCAAACCGACCGACGUCGCCGUCGCCUCCAACGGACACUUCUUCGUCGCCGAUGGCUACUGUAAUAGCCGUGUGCUGAAAUUCGACGCCGCUGGAAACCUCAUCGCGACGAUUGAUGCUGCCAUUGAAUCGGAACAACCUGACGAAUUCGUCGUGCCGCACUCAAUUUCGCUCAUCGAAGACUUGAACAUGAUCUGCAUUGCUGACAGAGAGAAUCAGCGUGUGCAAUGCUUCUCCGCCGGACUCGCCGAAGGACAUCGUUCAGUGCCGACUGGAAUCCCAAUCACCGCCGCCAACGACAUCGGAAGGGUGUACGCGAUUCGUGAGCGCGAUCACUACUUGAUUGGCGUCACUGGCGAAAGCGAAGACGUCGAACCGCAAUUGUUCACAAUCGAUAUGAAUUCGGGAACCACUAACACAUUUGCCAAGGGAAUCGAGAACGCUCACGCACUCGCCAUAUCCGCUGAAGGAAACGUCUUCGUCUCUCAACUCGAGCCGAGCAGAAUCCUCAAACUUUCACUCGUUUAA